UCCUCCUCCACCUGACACCCCCGGGCCGGCCCACCCCUUACCCCUCCAUCCCUCCCCUCGCCCCUCCCGGAGCCCUCCCGGGGAGGCGAACGGAGCCGCCGAACGCUGCCGCCCGCUCCCCCAGCGCAGCCCCGGAGCAUGCGAGGGCAGCGGGGGGGGCCCGUCCUCGCUGCCCCCCCCGGAGGGCUCCACCGGGGAGGGGGGCAGCGCUACCACCUGGCUUGAAGAGGGCUGGGGGCUCGGAGCUGAGCCUCCAUCCCUCCAGCAUCCCGCCUUUGGGGGGGGGGGGGUGGGAUUUUCCCCCAAAAUUUUGUUUUUUUUUUUUUUUUUUUUUUUUUUUAUGGGAGGGGGGUGAGCGAGUCUUGGAGGGGGCCUUGGGGAUCAUGCCGGGGGGGCUGCGCCUCGGCAUCGCUUUCUCCUCGCCCUCCAUGGAGCCCGGACCUUUUCUACAAUGACUUUCGCUGAGCUGAGCAAUGGCAGCUUGAGUGGGAACAGGACGGAGCAGGGCAGCCAGAGCGGUGCCAACCGGUCCUGGGGGCUGCAAGGUGAGGACCCCCCCCAGGGCAACGGCACCACGCUGCCUUUCGCCUUGGACGUGCAGGCGGUGGGCGUCGGGGUCUUCCUGGCCGCCUUCAUCCUCUCGGCCAUCGUGGGGAACAUCCUGGUCAUCCUCUCGGUGGCUUGCAACCGGCACCUGCAGACGGUCACCAACUACUUCAUCGUCAACCUGGCCAUCGCCGACCUGCUGCUCAGCACCACCGUGCUGCCCUUCUCGGCCACCCUGGAGGUGCUGGGCUUCUGGGUGUUCGGCCGCAUCUUCUGCAACAUCUGGGCAGCGGUGGACGUGCUGUGCUGCUCUGCCUCCAUCAUGAGCCUCUGCAUCAUCUCCGUGGACAGGUACAUCGGGGUCAAGUACUCACUCAAGUACCCCACCAUCAUGACGGAGAGGAAGGCGGGGAUCAUCCUCGUGGUGGUGUGGCUCUCCUCCAUGGUCAUCUCCAUCGGGCCGCUGCUGGGCUGGAAGGAGCCGCCACCACCGGAUGAGAGCAUCUGUAGCAUCACAGAAGAGCCAGGCUAUGCCCUCUUCUCCUCUCUUUUCUCCUUCUACCUGCCCCUCAUGGUCAUCCUGGUGAUGUACUUCAGGAUCUACGUGGUGGCCAGGCGGACAACCCGGAGCUUGGAGGCAGGGGUCAAGAAGGAGAGGAAUAAAUCCAUGGAGGUGGUGCUGCGCAUCCACUGCCGCAGUGUGCUGGAGGAGCCUCUCUCCAGCACCCGGAGCAAGGGGCACAACUUCAGGAGCUCCCUCUCUGUGCGGCUCCUCAAGUUCUCCCGCGAGAAAAAGGCGGCCAAGACUCUCGCCAUCGUCGUGGGCGUUUUCAUCCUCUGCUGGUUCCCCUUCUUCUUCGUCCUGCCUUUUGGUUCUUUCUUCCCAUCUCUGAAGCCCUCAGAAAUGGUCUUCAAGGUCAUCUUCUGGCUGGGAUACUUCAACAGCUGCGUGAACCCCAUCAUCUACCCCUGCUCCAGCAAGGAGUUCAAGCGAGCCUUCAUCAGGCUGCUCAAGUGCCAAUGCCACCGGCGACGACGUCCCAUCUGGCGCGUCUACGACCACCACUGGCGAGGGGCCUCCAUGAACAGCUCCGUGCAAGGCUCCGAGACGGACCUGAGGCCCAGGAUCAGCACCCUGCACAGCUCGUUCCUAUUUAACUCCUCCUUGCAGGAGAGGGCUGGUAAGAGGCGAACGCUCAGCUUCAAGGGCUGGAAAAUGCUCACUCCAUUCCAGAAGCCAGCGUCCACCCAGCUGAAGGAAAAGAUGAACAGCCUUUCUAACAAAAUCCGGGGCGGCUCCAGCAAAGGGGGGGUGACAGCCUCCUACAAAACGGAGGUGGAGUCUGUCUCCAUUGGGAUCCCUCAUGACUUUACGGAAACCAUUGACUAUCAAACCUAUGACUUAACAGAUUGCUGUGGGCUGAGAGAGACAGAUAUCUGAAGGCACCGGGACAGCUCUCGAUGGCUUCUUUAGCGGUAUCUAGCAGAAACAUGAAGGGAUACCACCUGUGGGUCUGUCAGGCAGUCUGGAAGCAGCAAUCAGGUAUAAAAUGCAGUUGCCCAAAGGUUGUACAAGCUUCCCCUACGGGGAGGUCAGCCCCUUCUAUGGGGUUAUGGGUUCCUCAAAUACAAGCCAAUGGCAUAUCCCAUUUUAACGAGCUGUGGCAAGAGGGGAAAUUGUAGGGUGGGUAUGGACUUAGGAAAAGAGCUGUUUCCUCCCAUGGGAUGGUUCUCUUUGACUUUGGAAGAAGCUGUGCAGUUAAGGGAUACCAGGACAUCUCCUUUGCCUUAAAAACACCACCACAAAAGCUACUGGAAGGAUUGAACCCCAACAGGUGCCAACUCUGCCUUAGCACACAUGAUAACAUUUCCAUCCAGAGGCAGCAUCCCAAACGGAUGCUGUGAGCAGUAGCUGGCAGCUGACCCUUUAGACAGUGGGCUGGGGGCUUGUAGGGCCACAGGGCUGGACAGGGCCUGUAGCCCAAGCCUUUGCUUUCGAGGGUGAGCAGACCGCGUUAUUCCCAAGCAGAGCUGGGGGAUCCCGGCUCUCAGCCAUCGUGUUCGCAGUACCCACAGCUUUGCCACUUCCACGCAGCCUGGUUUUAGGCCAGAAGAGCAGUCCAGAUGUAUACACUGAUGCCAACAGGUGUGCAGGUCUCUCUUCUCUAAAUCCAACCUGCAAUGUGCUUCUCAUUUCACUUUCCAGUGAGAAAUUUGCAAGCCAUCUAGUUCUGGCCUGCAUCCCUCUGUGACGUGGAGACACAGCAACUCCUUUCAAUGUUGGCCAUCCCCAGUCUUUUUUUCUCCCCUUCUUAUCCUCACUUGCUGUUUCUCUCAAACAACAUGGAAUAAAGAUGUAU